AUGGCUCGUGGCGUGGAGGCGCUGGACCUGCAGGUGUGGAGCAGAGCCUCGGGUCCGUCCCGGGGGCCUCAGUGCAGAGAUGCAAUGGCUCAUCUUGAUUCUGAGGUGACAGAAGAAUGUCUGAGAGAAGACCUGAAGUUUUACUUCAUGAACCCUUGUGAAAAAUUCCGAGCCAGACAACAGAUUCCGUGGAAAAUGGGUUUGCAGAUUUUGAAGAUAGUCAUGGUCACCACACAGCUUGUUCGUUUUGGUUUAAGUAACCAGCUGGUGGUUGCUUUCAAAGAAGAAAACACUGUUGCUUUUAAGCACUUGUUUUUGAAAGGAUAUUCCGGUGUAGAUGAAGAUGAAUACAGCUGCAGUGUAUAUACUCAAGAAGACACCUAUGAGAGCAUCUUUUUUGCUAUUAGUCAGUUUCAUCGGCUAAGGAAUUUAUCUCUGGGGACCCUUGGUUAUGGAGAAAAUGAAGACAACAGAAUUGGAUUAAAAGUCUGUAAGCAGCAUUACAAGAAAGGGACCAUGUUUCCUUCUAAUGAGACGCUAAAUAUUGACAGCGACAUUGAAAUAGACUGCAUUCACCUAGACCUCCAGACCCUCUCCAAGAACCCUCAGGACUGGAAGAACUCAUCAUUCUUCAGACUGGCAUUUUAUCGCCUCUUGCAAGUUGAAAUCUCCUUUCAUCUCAAAGGCAUUGACCUGCAGACGAUUCACUCCCGAGAGCUACCAGACUGUUACAUCUUUCAGAAUACGAUUAUCUUUGACAAUAAAGCUCACAGUGGCAAAAUCAAAAUCUACUUCAACAUUGACGCUAACAUCGAGGAAUGUAAAGACUUGAACAUCUCCGGAUCUAUUCAGAAAAAUACUCAGUAUGUCCUGGUGUUUGAUGCAUUUGUCAUUGUGAUUUGCUUGGCAUCUCUUAUUCUGUGCACAAGAUCCAUUGUUCUUGGUCUAAGGUUACGAAAGAGAUUCUUAAAUUUCUUCCUGGAGAAGUACAAGCGAUGUGUGUGUAACGCUGACCAAUGGGAGUUCAUCAACAGAUGGUAUAUCCUGGUGAUUAUCAGCGACCUAAUGACAAUAAUUGGAUCCGUAUUAAAAAUGGAAAUUAAAGCCAAGAAUCUCACAAAUUACGAUCUGUGCAGCAUUUUGCUUGGAACAUCUACGCUCUUUGUCUGGCUUGGCGUCAUCAGAUACUUGGGUUACUUCCAAGCAUAUAAUGUGCUCAUUUUAACAAUGCAAGCCUCACUGCCAAAAGUUCUUCGCUUCUGCGCGUGUGCCGGUAUGAUCUAUCUGGGUUACACCUUCUGCGGCUGGAUUGUCUUAGGACCAUAUCAUGAUAAGUUUGAAAAUCUGAACACAGUUGCUGAGUGUUUGUUUUCUCUGGUCAACGGUGAUGACAUGUAUGCGACCUUUGCUCACAUCCAGCAGAAGAGCCUCUUGGUGUGGCUGUUCAGUCGCCUGUAUUUAUAUUCCUUCAUCAGUCUUUUCAUAUAUAUGAUCCUCAGCCUUUUCAUUGCAAUUAUUACAGAUUCUUAUGACACCAUUAAGAAAUACCAACAGAAUGGGUUUCCUGCCACAGAUCUUCAGGAAUUCCUGAAGGAGUGUGGUAGCAAAGAGAAGUGUCAAAAAGAGUCAUCAGCCUUCCUGUCCUGCAUCUGCUGUCUGAGGAGGAAUGGAAGCGAUGACCACUUGAUACUUAUUAACUAA